AUGGAGUACCCACAGAUACCGGGAACCUCAGCACUUCAAUACGAAGUUCUACCUACCAUAUCAACAGAUGGACCUCUACCAGAAGCGCUGACUUCACCAAAACCUCCUGGUUUAGGCUCUAAAUCUAUAUUCGCAUUUUGGAACUCAGGUAUUCAUAACUUACCUCCCAAUCUCCUACGCAAUGUCAUCGCUUGGUACCGUCGCUUCUCACCACUAGGAUGGACCAUCUACGUACUUGACGUCGUGCCGGAUUCUUCACUCAAUGUAGCUAAUUACAUCGAUACCGAGUCGCCUUUAGUGGUACCAGCAGCGUUCACGCGCGGCACCCUGAACGGACACUAUGCUGCACAACACACCUCAGAUCUCAUCCGGUAUCCACUCCUGCUGAAGUACGGUGGCGUAUAUCUCGAUGUCGGUAUUCUGCAAUUUGGGGACCUGGACCAGCUAUGGACUAAACACAUUGUCAACCCGGACUCCCCAUACGAUUUCGCCAGUUUCACAAUGGGUUCAGAUCUGCAGAUCGUAAAUUUUGCGCUCAUGUGUGGUGCGAAUAACCCGCUCGUGCAACGCGCACAUCAUAUCCUACUCCAGGUCUGGAAAGGCAAGACCAGAGUUGCUAUCAGUCAAUCAGUCAGUUGUCAGUUCAUCUUUGCGGUUCAAACUGUCAGUCUGGAGGUAGUGAACUGA